AGCCAACAAGAGUUUAUCAAGAGAACUAGAAAAAGUGCAGAGUGAAGAAAGUAAUGGMAUCUACAGCAUCGACRUCGUCUUCCGAGAUGGCAUCUGCUGCAACUCCCACGGUUUCUAGCAUGACAACAGCAGCUUCAGGCGCCAGCACACCCGCGGCGCCUGAUGCGGUCCCGUUGCCUCCGGAGGCUUCGUCCUUCCCCUUGAAGCGAACCGUUGUAACAGCGAAACGAAAGGAAGAAUUGUUGCUCCAUGCUCGAGCGGAGCGAAAGCGAUGGGUCCGGACCGUUCCCCUUCCGUACGACUCAAAACAACUAGCAAGUAUUGUAGGGAACAAUCGUGCCGAAGGAAUGGGUGCCGCUGCGAACGGGACUAGCAAAGCCAUCAACGAAUUUUGGUCGUCUUACGAUGGCUUAGAUAGAUUUCAGAAUUCUUUGAUCUGCAGCAGUCAAUUUUUGCCGGUUGCAACGGCCGUGUUAUCGGAACUCUAUGGUAUUGGCGGAACAUUAGAAUCUGAUGAAGAUGAUGACGUUGAAGUAGAUAAUGGAAAUAACAACGACGCCCUGAAGGAACACCGAGAACACCCCUUGAGUCUGAAUGAAACAGCAAAGCGAGUGGAACAAUUGGUAAGUUUGAAAGUUAAAUGCGAGAUACUUUGGUGCAUUUCCAAAUCAAUGCAGAUUUCGCAUUUUUUCUCUCUAUCGUACAGGAUGGCAGCAGCGCAGGCAUUUGGUUGCAUGCAAUCUAAUAUGGUUUUCUCCUCUUUUCUUUCUUCGAAAGGCAAAUUCUUACUGGGUAAACGAGGAGAAAGAGAGUCACGGUAGUGAUCAAAAGGUUGAAACGAAAUCAGAGAAGAACAUUCCGGACGCAACUGCUCAAAAGAAUGGUGCCAGAGCAAACACUGGAGCGAAUGACGACGACGAUAAAGAURACAAAUACGAAGACUUGAGAACGGCGUACUCAGAAUUUUUGAACACGAUGCUAUUGCCUGAAUCGGCUGUGACUGUGCAAGGAAUGAAAAAUUUUCUCCGGCAGUUUGUUGCAUCGCCUCAAAGCACGAAACAAUACAGCGACCACGAGCUCCAAGUGCGAAACAUGGCAUCCAUGUUGAAUGGUCACGCACGGUCUUCAUACGAAUCGUUGAUUACAGAGAAGAACAGCAACAGCAACACCAGCAACACCAGCAACACGGGUGAAGGAGUACCGGAUUGGAGCCGACGAUCACUGGAAUCGUUUUUGUAUGGACAGACAAAGGAAACCGUAGACUCGAUACUCGACCGGGUUCUUGGGAACAGUGCAAUCGAACCCUCUUCGAGCAGUCCCUUUUCGAUGACACAGAGACUGUUUGAUGUGCGAUUAGAAGAAUUGCAAUUUCUUCAACCUUCCCAUUUGGACAUCGCUUGCUUGAACGACGAUGUCGAUAACAAARAUAGGUUGUCGGGAUCAACGGCACCAACGGGAAAAUCGGAAUUAGAGAGUCUCCUUGAGGAACCAAUCAAAUCUUUGCAGUCUAUCGAAGCGUUUUAUUCCCCUUACGAAAAACUCAGUAGGGUCCUCGAGGUCUUUCGYGGGGUGAAUGUGGCACUGUCCAAAACUUCUGAGGCACUUCCGUCGGCCGAUGAUGUCCUACCUACCGUUAUUUUGGUCGUAGUGAAAGCUGCAGCGAUAACAGCAAAUAAAAAAAUCAAGGCACCACCGCUGAGAAAUUUGCUGAGAGAUCUKUACUUUAUCGAAAGUUUUGCCUUACCGGAGUACUUGAGAGGCGAAGCGGGAUACGCCUUCACGAACUUGUACGGGGCUGUGCAAUUCCUGCAAGAACUAGAACUGGACAGAGCCAACGAUGGCAUGACGAAUGCCGGCCCAAGCAACUCUCUCUCAAUCAGUGCGGAAGAGUUACGAGUCAAGCUAGAGAAAAGUCGAGCAGAUGCAACGAAGUAUAACAAAAAACGGCAGGCUAUGCUAGGUACCAGCAACGACGAUGAAAGGAAGUUGAAGGGACUCAUAUCUCAGGGUGUAGAGGAACUCUUGGGUGGCAACAAUGAUGGCACUGAAGAGGCAGRAACCUUUGUUCCAGCUUYGCCUCGGCUAUCGGUGAUGGAAGUCCGAGCCGCUCGCCUUCGCGGGGAAACGCUGAACCUGGAAUGGGCUCGGAGACAUCAAGAAGGCCAACCAACAUACGGGGACCCAAUGUCUAGAGAUGGUACAAAGUUGGCAUCAUCACCAACAAAAUCACCUUCAAGAUCGAAAGCGCCGCAGCAAAGGUACUCCUUUCUAGGUUUACGACCAGAAAAUGUCAAAUUGUCAGAUUUACCGAAAUUGUUGGAUGAAUACAAAAGAUUGGCACUGACCACCGAAGAAUUACUGGGUGAACAGCAGCGAUUGAACAGCAAGAUUCAGUCGGAAAGAAARCGUCAGCGUGACGAAAAAUACCGUCUUAGUUUAGGUGAACGGGCCUUGUUGCUUUGAUUCUAUCAUUGGUCUAUGAGUAACACUGUUGGUUUUCACCGCAUCUAAUGCAUAACGCACGGCGGCCUUUUUCCAGUUUAACCAAUUGCCAAGAGAAACAUCUAUUUCCAACGUUGCAAUUUCAAACGAGACCGAACAUCUAAAAGCACAAUUUUCAUAUWGAUUACUGACUUAGAAAUCCAAUUUCAAGGGAAAACAAAUUGUUUACUUUUAGAGUUCUUMUUCAUCUUCCUCUUCGCUUAAAUUUUUGAAGAUAAGGGAAUUAUUGAAGAAAUCAUCGUGUGCGGCUGGCAAGUUAUUAGAUGACAUAGAUGAUCGAUUCGGAAUCCUGAAUUGACGAGAUGCAGGCACUUGYCCUAUUUUUGCCUUUGGAAUAUCCUGCACAGAUUGAUUUGAACGGACAGAAUCCGAAGAAUGUUCCGUGCUACUUAAAAUAUGGUGCAAGAAACUAUCGGUCUUCAUUGCAUCACUGCCAACAYWACUCAUCACAUCCGAAGUUCGAGUCAGACUCGUUUUAUUGCUCUCGUAUUUCAAGGGUGGCUCUUCCUCCCGAACACUCAUGCCAAUUGGAAWUUGGUGGAAUUUGUUGUUGAGCUCUGACUCAAUGGAUAUGUCGCGCACAUCAACCACAUGGCUAUCGGGUCUCCUUGGCGACAAGUCGUCGCUACUUUUGGAGUCUUUCUCAGUGAUAGUACUCAUUAGAGAGGUAGCAAAGGGUYUCACUUUGAGAAAAGUACUUGUAUCGGUCGGAGAGGAYUGAAACGACACCCUAGGUACACUUUGGGAAUUUUCCUGCUGUCGAGGAGGAUCGGAUGCAUUAUUUUUGGGUAAUUCGCUGCCACUCGAUGCCGAUAACCUCCCAUCAGRCACAGCAUGAAURUCGCUCUUCUGAGAAGUCUUCUGAGAAGAAAGACUAUGCAAUACAGGGUCAAUKUUUCUCUCGCUCGUCCCAUUAUUCCAAUAAGCAUCGGGAUGAUACCCGUAAAACAUGACCAUCAAACCCUCAUUGAACUGUGCCUGAUAGUUGUUUAGGGGUACAUCGUUUGGGACAUUUUGAAACGGGUUCUCAAUUUCACGUGCAACUUCAUGCAGCCCUGUAAAGCACAUCACACUUGCAAAAUUCAGGAAGAAACCCAAAGUUCCAUUCGUCACAUAUGUUGACAUUAGCAUGGGUGUUACGAGAAAGUCCACCACCAACAUAAAUAAUGUUGUAAUUUGGGCRUGGGGAAAGGGGAACGGAAUAUAGGCUAUCUUUCUUGCUUGAUUGUAACCGGCUAGUCCGUCGGAAACAAAUUGAUAUAUCCUCGAAAUGAUGGGUGGCGCAACGUCUCCAGUGCUUCCCGCUUGGUACUCGCGAGAUAUYAAUUCAAGAAGCCACAUGCUAACUAAAGUAACCUUUGCCAAUGGCCCACGUGCUYCUUGGAGUUUUUCUAUUUCAGCAUCGCUAACAUUCCCUAUGACACGGAAGGGCCUGGCAGCGUUGUACAGAGUCCUAGCCUUGUCGUUACGGCUCCUUCCUAAAAUAUAUUGAAGAACGGCGUAUACGCGAAAUUUAGAUUGGUACCAUCCUUUUCGAACCUUGCCUCUGUAGCUAUCGGGAUCCACGUGAGGCCAAGGCAAACCUGGUUCAAAAACUGUCAACGGCGAUUCGGCUUCGGGCAAGUCGUUCCUCAGCGUUGAAAAGGCUACUGCAGACAUCAGACUCAUAAGAUGUGCGCAUUCCUCCAGAAAAAGUAGGGGGGGGAUUGAAUCAGGAUCAAGAUUCCCUUCACGCAAGUGUUUCCGUGAAACAGCCGUGAAGAGUGAGUAUGGUUUUCCAGUUUUUGAGUCAAAGCGAUCUCGAAAUUCCAGUUGCUGUCCCUCCCGCAAAGCCGAUGCUUUGGUUCUAGCAAUCGACUUUCGUUUGCUAUAAAAAUUUUGGAUUGCU